AGAGAUAAAAAAAAAAAUACUGAAGAAGAUGCUAGGUUUGCUCUAGAUGCAAUGUGUUAACCAAAUGUCUGUGAGGUUCAGACAAUAUGUCUUUACAUUACACCAGAUUGCAGGAGUAACAAGAAGGAUUCUUCCUAUGGACAUUUUUGUCAUAUCUGAUUUCAUUUAGCUAGCAAAAAAAAAAAAUAAUACACAUUCAUUUUGUAUAAAGACAAGAUCAUAUUUCCUCCUUCACAGAUUUAUUCAGCUCAGUUCUUGCAAUCAGGACAACGGCUUCUGUGUCUUACUGUACACAGAGGGAGGAUCUGAUCCUUUCGGCUGGGAUUUCUGGUCUAAAGAUCCAGCCUUACAUGACAAAUAGUGGGAUGGAGAGGAUGGCUUUGCAAUGGGGCAGGCUCACCACAUGAAUUUCUUUUCGAAACACAGCACUGUGGCAAGGAGGAAAAAUAUAUAUAUCUCUCAUUUUUCACCACCUGGGAAGCAGCUGUAACCAUGUGAAUUCUGUUUGGAGGUUACAAUGGAUCAGCGAUUUGCCUAAUCAGGGAAAGGGGGAAAAUAAUUAUCAUCAAGCUGGAGCUUUAAACGUCAGUCACUGAAUUCAACUUACUAUGUGUAGGCAUCUGAUGUAAAUCUGCCAGUGAAUCCAGCAACCAUUUUAAUUAAGUAGAUGAUCUUGUUUGGUAGGAGCUUGUUUCUGCGUGAAGGAAACCAGCUAUUUGUACACAAGUGUCUCUCCUGGAAAGAGAUUUACAAUUCAGCACUGGAAGCAGGGACAGCUCCCGAGCUCCAGCACUGGAAGUAGGGGACAACUCCCGAGCUCCGGUUGUGCCUUUGAUGUGUGGAUGGUUCUUUAAAUGACUUUUCAAUUCUCCCUGACGAUCAUGCUUUAUUUCCAGAUGGUGAUCAUGGCAGGGACUGUAAUGCUGGCUUAUUACUUCGAGUACACGGACACGUUCACUGUGAAUGUCCAAGGGUUUUUCUGCUUCGAUAGUUCUUACACCAAGCCCUAUCCAGGACCCGACGAGAGCAGCGAUAUCCCCCCAGUUCUUCUCUUCUCUCUGGUCACUGGGGUCCCAGUGCUUGUGAUAAUCGUUGGAGAAACUGUAGUGUUUUGUCUACAGGUAGCAACGAGAGAUUUUGAAAACCAGGAAAAAACUCUUUUAACUGGAGACUGUUGCUAUAUUAAUCCACUGGUGCGGAGAACUGUCAGAUUCCUUGGAAUUUAUACUUUUGGACUAUUUGCUACAGAUAUAUUUGUAAAUGCUGGACAAGUUGUGACAGGAAAUUUGGCACCACAUUUUCUUACAGUUUGUAAACCCAACUAUACAGCACUUGGUUGCCACCAGCUCACACAGUUCAUCACUGAUGGCAACGCUUGCACUGGAAAUCCAGACCUUGUAAUCAAAGCAAGGAGAACGUUUCCAUCCAAAGAGGCAGCUCUCAGUGUGUACGGAGCAAUGUAUCUGACUAUGUAUAUUACCAGCACCAUUAAAACCAAAGGGACACGACUUGCGAAACCUGUCUUAUGCCUUGGCUUGAUGUGUCUGGCAUUUCUCACUGGGAUAAACAGGGUGGCAGAAUACCGUAAUCAUUGGUCAGAUGUCAUAGCUGGCUUUCUCAUUGGAAUAUCAAUAGCUGUGUUUCUGGUUGUUUGUGUGGUUAAUAAUUUUAAGGGACGACAAACAGAACAGCAAAAAUCACCCAUUGACAAUUUGGCACAGAUGCCGAUGAUCAGCAUUCCCCGGGUAGAAAGCCCCUUAGAGAAAGUAUAUACUGCAACAGGUGAUGGGCCCAGAUAUACCACAACAGAAGAAUACAAGCAACCUUCCAGUAAAAUCUGCAAAGUAUAUAACCACCUCACCGCCUUUGCAGAAGUCACAUGAUGUUGAAAUAGACGCUUUCUCUCUGCACUGGACCUCCUCCCUCUUCACAGUCCACUCAUCUCAACCGAGACAUAUUUGAAAAGAGCAGGAAGUACAAGCUACAGUAUCUGGUCUAUUUAAUGAUUUUUACAGUAUCAACAAUAUUGUCCGCAUCUGAAGGUUGUUUUGUAAUUAUAACUUGUUUUCCUUACUUUUUUCAGAAAAACAUUGAAGGUGUGUUAGCAAUGUGCACUAGUCAGUAUGUCUGAUUCCCACAAUCUCUGGUCCUUAGAACUUUCUAAUCAACCAUGUACAGUAUCCUACUUUAGCUCACAUCUUCAGUUUUGAACUUUCUAUCAAUCACUUUAAAAAAAAAAAAAGAAAGAAAAAAAAAAGAAAAAGAAAAACAGGUUUGUUCAAGCUCAUUUAGCAUGACAGAUCUCCCAUUUAGUACAAUUUAGUAUGUACAAAAGAAAAAAAGAAACUUAUUUAUGUUUUGUGCUAAAUACUGUUUGCACAUGGUAUUUUGUUAUAUAUUUCACUAUAUGAUUUAUACUUUAUGUUAUAUCAAGACUGGUGCUUAUGUUUUGAAGGGAAAUAAAUGCAAAUU